AUGUCCACCCAGUCUUCAAAGUCUGUCUUCAAAGUCUGCUACGGUUUUUGUGGUCUUCAGGCUCUUGUUAAUAGCCUGAUGAUCGGCUUCGACACUGAUCGCCGUGUACUCCUCACGCGAAAGGCCAUCUCCGACUGUCUUCGAGCACCGCUAGAAUCUGAAUCAGACCUUGACGUGACCAGCGACAGCUCAGGCUCAGAUGGCAGUUAUGCUGAUGUUGGUGAGGUGCUGGCAGACUCCGAGUCGUCCUCAAGUGACACUGAUCAACUGACAAGAGUCAACAAGCAACGUACUUCCGAACUUCCCCUCAGCACAGGCCUCUUCAUCUUCCGGAACGCCUUCAACUGCUUCGGGAGCAGCACGACGCACCUUCUUCAGGAGACUGGUGUCUUCACCCCUGUUCAGCACGAACGCGUCAGCCACGGCUCAGCGGGAGACGGCUUGGCACACGGCACUGGCAUCCACUCGCUCUCCGCUUCGGCAACUCCACUGGACUGCUUCAAGCAGUUUGUCCCACUUGAAACCUCCGAGCUGAUCACAAACACUUCCAACCGAAAUGCGGUCAGGACGUCUGGUAAAAGUCUUCUCCUGAAGCGAGAUGAAUGUGUGCAGUUAUUCGGCGUCACCCUCCUGAUGUCGGUGAUGAAGUUGCCGUGGAUACACCUGUACUGGGCAAGAGAAACGCGGGUCGCAGCUGUAGCUGACGUCUUCACCAGGGCUCACUUCCAUCAAGUACGUAGUCUGAUAAAGAUCGUCGUCGACGAGGAAGUUCCGCUGGAUGCUCGACAACAGGAUCGCCUUUGGAUGGUGUGGCCUCUGCUUGAGACGAUUCGUCAGGGAUGCUUGAAGAUUGAGAGACCCUUGGAGGUUUCGAUCGACGAACAGAUGAUACCCUUCACAGGAAAGACGGGUCUCAAGCAGUUCGUACCCGGGAAGCCGAACCCGGAAGGAUUGAUUUAG